AGAAAACAGAUUAAUAUUGCUCUGCCAUGGACACUAUCGGCGUGUCGCGCACGGAUCCGCUCGAUGACUAUGAACUGAUACAACGCAUCGGCAGCGGGACAUAUGGAGAUGUGUUCAAGGCCCAUAGCAUUAAGACUUCAGUCAUCACAGCUAUCAAAAUAGUCAAACUGGACCCUGGUGAUGAUAUAUCAAGCAUUCAACAUGAGAUAACCAUGAUGAAGGACUGCACUCAUAGAAACAUUGUCGCCUAUUUCGGCAGCUACUUCAGAAAUAACAAGUUAUGGAUCUGCAUGGAAUUCUGUGGAGGAGGAUCAUUGCAGGACAUUUAUCAUGUCACUGGUCCUCUAAAAGAGAGACAGAUAGCCUAUGUGUGCAGAGAGACACUUCAGGGACUGCAUCAUCUCCAUCAGUCAGGAACAAUGCAUAGAGACAUAAAAGGUGCCAACAUUCUUGUGGCAGAGCGGGGAGACAUCAAACUAGCGGAUUUUGGAGUGGCAGCGGAGAUCAACGCAUCUGUUGCCAAGAGAAAGUCUUUCAUCGGAACGCCAUACUGGAUGGCACCAGAGGUUGCGGCAGUCGAAAGGAAGGGGGGUUAUAACCAGCUGUGUGAUAUCUGGGCAGUGGGCAUCACAGCCAUUGAACUAGCAGAGCUGCAACCACCAAUGUUUGAUCUGCACCCAAUGAGAGCUUUGAUGCUGAUGUCAAAGAGCAGUUUCCAACCUCCCAAACUGAAGGACAAGAACAAAUGGUCCACAGAUCUCCACAAUUUCAUCAAAAUGGCACUCACAAAGAACCCUCGCAAGAGGCCGACGGCAGAAAAACUCUUACAGCAUGCUUUUGUAACACAGCUCCUCACCCGUAAUCUGGUUAUAGAGCUGCUGGAUACAGUUAAUAACCCGGAGCUGCAGCAGACACUCACAAUGGAUGAGAGCGACCUGGAGACAUGCAGUAUUCUACCUGAUAAGAUUCAUUCUCUUGCCAAACACCUGCCUGUUCAGAGAAUGCUGUCUAAAGAGCAAUUUAAUCAUGUGAAGUUUGGACCACCCAUGAAAAAAGAGACAGAUCCCUGCCCUGAUCUGGGAGCCGAUGAUGACUGGAGCUCUGUUGGCAGGGACAAGGACUCUCUGAGUUUGACUAUAAAGAGAGGAUCAUCGACUGAGCAUUCACCUGAUGAAGAGAAUAAAUACAGCACUGUGAAGAGAGUCCCUGCUCCACAAUCGAAUGCCCACUACUCAUCGUUCCUCGAUGGUUCCUGCUGUCAGGGUUCCCUUUGCUCAACACCAACUGACGGUUUGAUACUAGCGGGCUCUGUUGCUUCAGAUCCAGGAGGAAACAGGAAUAACUUCCCCCCACUCGAUCGACCACUCUCACCAGAAUGGAGCACUCUCAGGAGAAAAAACGAAGACUCAAAAGCUGUUGUUCACGGACUGCCACCGACACCUCAAGUGCAUAUGGGGGCCUGCUUUUCCAAAGUAUUCAAUGGUUGUCCAUUAAAGACUCAUUGUGCCGCUACAUGGGUUUUACCAAAGACCAGAGAUCAGUACCUUAUGCUGGGUGCUGAGGAGGGCAUCUACACCCUAAACCUUAAUGAGCUCCACGAGGACACAAUGGAGAAGUUGCUUCCUCAGAAAUGCACUUGGUUGUAUGUGAUGAACAAUGUCCUUAUGUCCAUCUCAGGAAAAUCUUCACAGCUGACGUCUCAUAGUUUGCCAGCACUUUUUGAGUAUCGCAGAAAUAUGCAGCGUAGACAGGGCCAUCUCGCAAUAAACGCACACCGUUUGAGCACAAAGAUAAACUCAAGGAAGUAUGCCAUGUCAGUGAAGAUCCCAGACACCAAGGGCUGUAGACGAUGCAGUGUAGUACGAAACCCAUACACUGACAGUGUGUUCCUGUGUGCCGUUGUGCCCACUGGAUUAGUUCUUCUCAUGUGGUAUGAGCCUCUGCAGAAGUUCUUGCAGCUCAAGCACAUUGCUCGGAUUCUGCCCGAGUCUCUGCCCAUCUUUGAGCUGCUUGUACAGGAAACAGAGGAGCUUCCUCAGGUCUGUGUGGGGGUGAGAAGUCCUCCUGGUCACAGAGAACUCACUGGACAGAUGCACUUUGACAUCAUCCACCUGGAUGACACGCCACACAGUCUGCCAGAUGGCAAGUCUAUGAAGGUCAAGCAGGUGACUCAACUGGACAGGGACACAGUUCUCAUCACACUGGAAAACAACGUAAAGGUUGUGAAUCUACAGGGAUGUCUGAGCCAUCAGAAGACCUCUGAACUUACUUUUGAUUUUUCCAUUCAGACACUUGUGUGUCUGCAGGACAGUGUUCUUGCCUUCUGGAAACAUGGUCUGAAAGGAAGAAGCCUACAAACAAAUGAGGUUACCCAGGAGAUCACAGACAGAAGUCAAGUUUUUCAGGUUUUGGGAACAACAAGGGACAUUAUCUUGCAAAGUUCUCCUACAGAUGACCCAUCUACCAUGACCAACCUGUACAUCCUCACAGGACAUGAAAGCAGCUACUGAAGAGACACUGUGAAGGUUCAGUGAUAGCUGGAAACACUACAUAGAAUGAUAUUUCUCCCUUCACCACUAAAAGGGGAGAGUUAGUCAGUUAGUCAACUGAGAGAACAGAGGACAACAUGAUGGAAGCACAUACUGUGCACACAGUGCUCUGGAGGGCUCCUGGCCAUUCAGGACAGGGAGGAGAAAAAGGCCAAAAGUUUGUUUGGAGGCACAGGGAUGCAGAGACUGAGGAUAAACCGUGCUCCAUGAGAGAAAGGGACCAAGCAUAGCCCUAAAUGAGACUUGUAAGAAAUAAUUCUCACACAAAAUGAAAAAUCUGUCAUAUACUAACCCUCAUGUUAUAUCAAACACAUAUUACUUUUUUGUGGCUCGCAAAAGGACAUUAAUCAACAUUUACUAUCAGUGCAUGAAAAAAGAUGAAAGUCAGUUCUGCAUAACAUCUUAUUUUGUGUUUCAUGGGAGGAAGAAAGUUAUUUGGAACAAAAUGAGGGUGAGUAAAUGAGAGAUUUUUUAUUUUUUUUGUGAACUGUACCUUUAAUUUGGUCCGUUGUGGAGCAAGCUGUGUAUGGUCAUUGACCAAAGAGUGGGAUGUAUUACACAAGUCUUUUGUAUUUCACCUUAAGUUUACUCUAACAGAUAAAGGACAGGCAAGGAGGAGGUGGGAACUGCCUGAACAGUCAACAUAAAGUUUAAUAAGAAACUCAACGUAAAACAAACAGACACAUAUGCAUCGUGGCCAUGUGCGUCUCUCUCUCGAACUGGCAUCUCCGGCUCACAUUUAUUUAGCUCUCCCGCUGAUUGGCUCAUUCAGCACUGGCCAUGCAUCAUCACGGCCUGGUCAUGCCCUCCUCCUCAUCACAUUUACAGUGUUUUGAUGCUCUGUUUUAAGAAUGAUCUUUCAUUGGCCAGUAAAUUGGAAUUGUUAGAUUUCAGUAAAACUAAUAAGACCAGUGAUGAACUUUGUGGAAAAACAAGAAUGGAGUACUGAAUAACCCACAAGAACCCAAAACUGUACAAAAAUUCAAUAACUGUUAAUGGCAAGGAUAAAUCAAAGGAUUAAUACUAGCUUUUGUUGCUUUAUCCCUACUCUUGUCUUAAGAAACUGCAUCCUACUUUUGUCUUUCUGUUAAAAAAAAUGUUCCAUUCAAAAUAUAAACAUUAUU